CAGCGAAACCAACGAGCCGUGUAAAAACGUCAGCGAGUAAAAAGUGAGCUGGAAAAGGAUAACAAAAAAGUGAAAACAAAAGGAAACCAAAACCAAAAGGAAAUAAAACUGAAUAAAAAUAAAACUAAAUAAAGGGCCACCACCUACAUACAUACAUGAGGUGACCUUUGCCACCCAAAACUAUAAAUAGUCUAACCAUAAAAAGCGUUUACCCAACAACACGGCGAAGAAGAGAGUGAAAUCGUUUAAUUGGAUUUUCACCCACCUUGACUCAUUCGGAUACAAUUAACAACCGCCCGAGUGGCCCCCUCACAGGCAACGUGGCUCAAAUGAUGCCCGAAACUGAACGCGACGCACAUUUGGAGGCAGCUGAAAUGGCCAGCGGCGCCCUGGGUCAUAAUUACGGUAACAUUGUGAAGGAUCAGCAACAGCAGCAGCAAUUGCAUCUCCUGCAGCAGCAACAUCAUCAAAAUCAACUUCAACAUCAGCAGCAGCAGCAGCAGCAACACCAGCAAUCCAACACCGAUCUGUACAAGAUGGCCUGCAAUGGCUACAACUACAGCAGUCCGCUGACCAUACCGCCCACCUCGAUGACCAGCCACAUGGUCAGCCCCAUCAGCAGCAGCAAGGAGAAGCUGGUGAAUAUGUUGCGCGUGCGUGACAACAACAACAUGGCCAGCACGAUCUCCGACAGUCCACCCACCACGUUUCUGCAAAAGCAACUGGAGGCGGUUGUGGCGCCCCGCCCAAGUUCAGUGCAUCCCCAGCAGCUGCAGCAGCCGCAACAGCAGCAGCAGCAACAGCAGCAGCAGCAACGGCGUUCGGUCAGCACACCUGCGAUUACAACCACACCUGGUCCGCCCACCAAUUGGCAUGCGCAUGUCUACGAUCGCCUACCGCCACACCCGACGCCCCACUCCAUCGCCGAUAUCCUGGGCAUGUCCCUGGUGAAAAAGGAUCGGCCCGAGGGCGCCUUUGAUGCCCAGGGACCGGCCAAGUCGCCGAACAGCAUACUGAAACCGUAUCAAGAUCAGCAGCCCAUCCGCAGCUCCUCCAUUUCGAUGAGCGAUGCCAGCGAGGAAGACAGUGCCGCUGUUGCAGGGGCAACUUCUGUGGCAGCAGUGGCAGCAGUGGCAGCAACUGUUGCAACUCCGCUCGAUCAGCCGCUAAAUCUGUGUGUGGCCAAAAAGUCCCGCGACAGCAACAACUCACCCAUGCCGGCCACCAAACAGAGCCAAAUCCUCGGCAAGUCUGCUACCAAGAAGGAAAGCUCUGGCAAGCCGGCGGCCAAGAAAAAGAAGUUAUCGCCGACGGCAGCGGCAACAGUGGCUCUACCACCGGAUAUCAGUCCCACGGGCAGCAGCGAUAGUUUGAUGCGGGACAAGUUGAUGGCCACCAAUAGCAGCAGCUCGCCGGGCAGCAAUCUGAAUCCGCAGCUGCAGAGCAAUGCGAACAGCACCUUGGAGACCACCGAGGAUGACUCCGAUUCCGGUUCCACGGAUGCCCGGCGCAAGAAGAAGGCACGCACCACCUUCACCGGCAGACAGAUCUUCGAGCUGGAGAAGAUGUUCGAGAACAAGAAGUAUCUCAGCGCCAGCGAGCGCACCGAGAUGGCCAAGCUGCUGAUGGUCACCGAGACGCAGGUGAAGAUCUGGUUCCAAAACCGCCGCACCAAGUGGAAGAAGCAGGACAACGUCACGAAUAACGAGGCGGCAGAGCACAAAUCCUCGAAUGCGAAGCCAGGAGCAGCAGCCACAACAACAACAACAGCUCCAAGUGGAGAGCAGAGCGAAAAGAGAUCCGCCAAUGCGACUUCACCCACUGUUGGCAAUGCCGCCCCCGUUGCGGAGAGCAAGAAAUCUCCAAAGUCUCCGAAUCGCGGCAGUAACAAUAACAACAACAAUACGUUAAAUAACAAUGUUAGCAACAGCGAGGGAAAAGUGCCCGCCAAACAGAGUACCACCAAGAUUAAAAAGCAAUUGAAUGCGCUGCUGGAAAAGACAGUUAAAACGGCCAAUCAGGCACAUCGAAGUGCAGAGCUGGAAACGAGCGAUCAAAAACCCGCAGUUGAAAAAAGGCCAAAUAAUAGCAAUGAAAAUCAACUGCUACACCAGCGCUUGCAUCAGCAUGCCAUACCUUUAACUGUAGAACCAGCCGCUCCACUCGAACAAACCGAGAAAUUGGACAUAAAACGAGAGGAGUCUCCGCAGCACCGGGAAUUGCAGUUAAGUCUCCAAAGGGCGGCAAUUCAAAAUGGCCAGCUAACGGAAAUGGAUUUUGAAAGCAAAUUGGCCGCCAGUAAAAUAUCCAUUGCCUUGGCCAUGGCCAACAAACAAAUGCAGCCGGAGAAGAUGGUCAAAACCGAAAGUUCCUCAUCGGAGGGCGAAGGCGAGGGAGACGGCGAGGAAGAGGAGGAGGAGGACGUGUCCUCGAGCGAACAUGGCGACUCUACAGAAGCCCACGAUUCCCAGGAUCAGGAUGUCGCCAUGCGGGAGAUUUAAA